AUGAGUAACAAAGUUAUAAAAAAAAACACUGAAAAAGCAAAAAGCUUUUCAAAAACCAAAACAAUGGUGUUCUUAUUUUAACAUUCGAACCAUGUUUCUACUUUUUCUUUCCUUAAAACAUCGAAAAUUCGACCAAAACCAAACAUCAAAUCUCUAAUUUUCAUUCCUAGCAGCUUUUUUUUUUUGUUCCCUUCAGAAAUGAGUCCAAGGCAAGACCUUCUCAAAAUGACGGCGUUCUUCAUCUCGCCGGAGAAACCGCGAGACAUAUCCGUACUCAUCACCCGAACCGCUCUCCUCCUCUGCCUUUUCACCUCCAUUACUCUCGUCCUUUGCGUAUCUUUCUCGAACCGGCCUCACCCGUUCUCCCGGUUCGCUUCCCCUAACAGGAAGGCUUUCUCCCGACCGCCCGAUAAUUCACCGACCAACAUCUCCCACCUCCUCUUCGGCAUCGGCGGGUCAGCCAAGACGUGGCAAGAGCGACGCGCCUUGAGUUCACUAUGGUGGGACGUGAACCUCACUCGCGGGUUCUUUUGGCUGGAUGAAGAGCCCGAAGCGACGGCGGUUAACAGUUAUGGUACGGAAUCGGGAAUCUCGUUGCCUUAUCGGGUAUCGAAUCCGGAAUGGACCCGGUUUAAAUAUUCGAGCUCCAGAUAUGCGGUUCGGGUCGCCCGAAUCAUUUUGGAUAGUUAUAAUUUGAAGUUGCCCAAUGUGAGAUGGUUUGUGUUGGGUGACGACGAUACAGUGUUUUUCACUCAUAACUUAGUUUCCGUCUUAGCGAGGUAUGAUCACCGUGAAAUGUGGUAUAUUGGUGGAAUAUCAGAGAGCGUAGAACAAAACGGAAUGCAUGCAUACGACAUGGCGUUUGGCGGUGGCGGUAUAGCGGUGAGUUACCCAUUGGCGGAGAAAUUAGUCAAAGCAUUGGACGGUUGUUUGAACAGGUACUUUUAUUUCUACGGUUCUGAUCAACGAAUUUGGGCUUGUAUCUAUGAGAUCGGGGUUCCACUCACUAAAGAACAAGGUUUUCAUCAGUUUGAUAUUAGAGGGGAUCCAUAUGGACUACUUGCAGCACAUCCCAUGGCACCAUUGCUCUCCUUCCACCACGUUGAAGCCUUAACACCCAUGUUCCCUAACAAGACCCGGCCUGACUCGUUGAAAGCCCUUAUCGAACCGUACCGGCUUGACCCGAGCCGGAUCCUCCAGCAAUAUAUCUGUUACGACAGCAAACGGAAAUGGUCGAUCACCAUUGCAUGGGGAUAUACCAUUCAAAUAUAUCCAUGGUUGGUGAACGCAGUUGAUCUGCAUAUGCCAUUGCAGACUUUCAAGACAUGGAGGAGUUGGAGCAAUGGACCGUUCACGUUUAAAACCCGACCCGUGCCAGAUAACCCGUGUGAACAGCCGGUUUUGUAUUUCCUGGACCGAGUCGAGGAGGUUGGCUCGAGUGGAACCCGGACCAGGUACAAGCUAUCAAUGCUGGGAAAAGCCUGUAAUAAUACAACAGAUUAUGCCCCGGUAAUGGCUGUCAAAAACAUCGUGGUUACUUCGAUGAAGAUGGCUCCUGAUUAUUGGCAAAAGGCACCGCAUAGACAAUGCUGUGAGAUCAUGGAUAAAGGAAGUAUCAAGAGUGGAACUAUGCAAAUUCGGAUUCGAAAUUGCAGACAAUGGGAAACAACUAGUGUUUAGAGGUACGCAGGAGGGCCAAUUUAUGUAGAUACUCGUAUAGAAAGAGAAUAUAAUCUUAUAUUACUCGGACUCGAAUACGUGAGUAUGGAGGGUUAUUAUCUCCAUAUCCAUGUACCGGUAUGCAGGCAUGAGUAUUUUGAGAAAAAUGAGGUGUCGGAGCAAUAUAUAAGUAUAAUUAAUAACCA